AUGGCGGGCGGCGGGAGCAGGCGCGGCGGCGGCGCGGCUGCGGAGGAGCCGAAGAUCGGCAGCGGCAACGUCUUCGCGGCGCUCGAGACGCUCAAGAAGAAGAAGAAGAAGCCGGCGGCCGCGGACAAGGCGGCGCCCAAGCCCGCCGCCGCCAGGGACAGGGAGGACCCCAAGCCGGAGGUCUUCUGGGCGCCCGCGCCGCUCACCGCCAAGUCCUGGGCCGACGUCGACGACGACGACGACGACGACUACUUCGCCACCACCGCGCCGCCUCCCAUGCCCGUCUGGGGCGACGCCGCCCACCGCGACGCUGCCAAGGAACAGCACGCCGCGCCCGCACUGGAAGAGGAGAUUGAGAGUGAAGAUGAUGGCCUUGAUGAUGAGGUUGAUGAUGAUGCCGAUGAGGACGAUGAGCAUGAAGCAGAAGAUGCUGUCCCUGCUGAACCAACUGUGAAGAAUGCUGCAGCUCCACCUGCACCACCCAAAGAUACUGAAAGACAACUUUCCAAGAAGGAAUUGAAGAAAAAAGAACUUGCUGAACUUGAUGCUGUUCUGGCUGAGUUGGGCCUUGGGACAUCAAACAAUUCCACUCAAGAUGAAUCCAAUGGUAAGAAAGGUGCAGAUCAAGCUGCAGAUGGAGAGAAAAAGGACGAUGCACCUGCUCCUCUAGAAAGCAAGAACUCAAAGAAGAAGAAAUCUAAGAAAGACAAGUCUUCAAAGGAGCCAAAGGAAGUGCGUGAUCAGGCUGAUGGGUCGGAAGAAGCAGCUGUUGCAGAACCUGAUGAAGAUACAGCUUCUGUGGAUGUCAAGGAGCGCAUAAAGAAGGUAGCCUCAAUGAAGAAAAAGAAGUCAAGCAAAGAGAUGGACGCAGCAGCAAAGAUCGCUGCAUCCGAGGCCGCAGCAAGGAGUGCCAGGCUUGCUGCAGCGAAGAAGAAAGAGAAGAGCCACUACAACCAGCAGCCUGCGCGGUGA